GCUGGAUUUUUGGUAGGUUUUUUUCCAUUAGCUCCACCCAGAUACUUGCUAGCUGCUAGGAAGGACUCUGACAAACAAGUUUUCACUCAGGAAAACUUGGACAGUUUCUAUGAGAGGCGUUGACUCUCAGCUAGAGUGGAGGAGCUUGUUAGUUAUUUAGAUCAGCACAGGGCUACUGGGGCAGUGGGGACUAUCUUAAAUAUCCUUGUUUCUUAAUUGGUGAACCAAAGUGGCUCACUAAUCACUUAACUUGUUUUUCAGAACUCUCCAUAAAACAAGACGAGGUCCAAAAAUUGUUUCUCUACUUAUUUAUCUUCAUCAAAUGAAACCGAUGGACCAUCAGGUGGGCAGUUCCCAGUCUGUCAUCAGCUUUGAUAAAUCCCCUGUCAGCACAUUCAAACCAUCCCAUUCACGGAAUAACAGCACAGGUUCAUCUAAACAUUCAAAACAGUCUCGUAACUGGGAGGUAAUGGAAGAAGCUUGCUCUGUUCCUGGUUCCUCUCUGGACCUCAGUAUCCCUGGGAUCUGUGAGGGUUACCUGAUGAAGAGACGGAAGUACCCAUUGAAAGGCUGGCACAAGAGGUACUUCCUGCUGGAGCGGGGAGUUCUCAAAUACUCAAAAACUCAACAAGAUAUUCAAAAAGGAAAGCUCCAUGGUUCUCUUGACAUCAGCAUGGCUGUUAUGUCUGUGAAUAAGAAGUCCAAACGAAUAGACCUUGAUGCUGGAGACAACCUUUAUCAUCUUAAGACAAAGAGCAGUGAUAUCUUCUACAUCUGGCUGACGAAGCUGGGUGCCCAUCGUCUUUUUAGAAAAAAUGAAGCAAUGAGUGUCCAUCGUGGAGUUCUUCAUGCUCUCUCCUUGAACCAGAGUACCCUGCCAGUUGUGGGCACCAUGACCCAACAAAGCCUAUCAACUCCUCAUCACUACCCCAGCUCAACAUCAGGGGAAGGUCCUGAGAUCCGAAUUUCUGCUCCUCCUGCCCCGUAUCCAGGGGUGACCAACAAAGUGUCUGCUUGGCUGCAGCAGACCCACAGCAUUGAUGCAACUUCCAAUGACCUGGCUCGGAGUCAAGCAGAGCUGGCAGAACUGGUUCAACUCAUACAGCGACUACACUGGCUGGAAGGAAGCGUCCCCAUCACCAAUACUGACCUGGAGAUGCGCAUCAGUAUGCAGAAUCUCUUUCUAGAGAAACCCAAGAAGAAGUCAGGGAAGGUGGGUCACUCAAGAACUUUAUCCCGUGUUGAAGCCAUGGGUGGAACGUUCACAUCAAGCCAUCUGAGUACAAACAGUUCCAACAUGGCUGCAUCAGUCCAGUCCAUACCUGACUAUGUUUACUCACAGCUGUCGAACCCUCAGGUGACCUCACCUGAGGCAAAGAAGCUCCAUCAAGACAUUUGUAUGCUUUCUCAGAGGGUCUAUGGUUCUCUGAAGUCCAUUCAUGAGGUUUUGACCUUGGAAAGGGACAGACUGAGACAGGCGUGGACUAACCCUGACCUGAGGCAGAACACUUCUCAGCAGCUGGCGACAUUGUGCAGCACAUUGUCUGAGCUUGACAUGCGGUCUCAUCUGACCAAAGUCCAUUCGGUUUCCCUGUCCUCUGGUUCCACUGAAGAUUCCUUCUGCACUGUCUGUACAAAUCAGAGGACACCAUCUAUGGCUCGUCACAUUCGUCGUGCUCCCUCAGUGGCAGAAUCUACAGCAGAAUAUUUCGAUGCCAGUGAGGUGAUAAUGUGUGAGACGUCCUCAGAGGCAGAGGCAUCAGACGAGUCUGGACUGAGUGACAUCACUACUACCAGCAACUCUGAGCCUGAAGAAGGUCACUCUGCUGCCACUCUAAACUACAGAGAGAGUCUAAAAACAGCAACUGACAAACCCAGUCUGGUGCCCUCAGAUACAGGGCGUCGCACCACUCUCCCUUCCCCCUGCGCAGACAACAGUCACAUUGGCAUUAUGACCAUCCUGUACAAUAACAUUGGGAAGGACCUGUCCAGAGUGUCGAUGCCAGUGGCUCUUAAUGAGCCGUUGUCAUUGCUUCAAAGACUUAGUGAAGAGCUGGAGUACUCUGAGCUGCUGGACAUUGCCAAUACUACCGAUGACCCAUAUCAAAGAAUGGUGUAUGUGGCAGCGUUUUCCAUUUCCGGUUAUGCCUGGGCAUCUUGGAGAAAUCGCUACAAGCCAUUCAACCCCGUCCUGGGAGAAACCUACGAGAAUCACAGGGAAGACAGAGGAUUCUACUACAUCAGUGAACAAGUUAGCCAUCAUCCACCAAUCUCAGCCUGUCAUGCAGAGUCAGAAAAUUUCACUUUCUGGCAAGAUCAGAGAUGGAAAAACAAGUUUUGGGGAAAGUCGGUGGAGAUAAUCUCCUCUGGUCUGGUCAACGUUACGCUCCCAAAGUAUGGGGAUCACUAUGAGUGGAAUAAGGCCGUCACCUGCAUCCACAAUGUACUGAGCCAACAACGCUGGUUGGAGCAUUAUGGGGAGGUGGUCAUCAGAAACACAAAGAGUGAUGAAUGCACCUGCAAGAUGACCUUUGUCAAGUCUCGGUAUUGGGGCUCAGAGAGCAGUAAGAAUGAGAUCCAGGGAGUCGUUUUGGACCAGGCUGGAGAGGUGGUUCAUCGUUUUGGAGGCUUCUGGCAUGAAGGCAUUUUCUGUGACACUAUGGCCACACCAACAUGCAUCUGGAAACCUAAUGUACAGCCUGAUGACCACUUCCAGUACUAUGGUUUCUCACGCUAUGCCAGAGAACUAAAUGAAAUGAGUGCGGACUUGGAAAUCAUCCUCCCCCCUACAGACGCACGCUUCCGCCCAGACCAGAGGCUCUUGGAGGAGGGGAAAGUGGCUGAGGCGGAUAAAAAGAAAGAUCAGGUGGAAGAAAAGCAAAGGGACAGGAGGAAGGAAAUGGCCAAGAGAGGAGAGGAGCACAUCCCGAGGUUCUUCAGAAAAGUGGUUGAUGAGGCUGGCAGAGAGGUGUGGCUGUACAACGGAACUUACUGGAAGAUUCGCCAAGAUCCAGGUUUUUCGAAGACUGAAAAUCUAGACUUGUGGUAGAAUACUGAAGACAUGAAAUGAAUCCAGUGAGGCACAUCACUGUGAUGCUCUGUAGACAAACGCAGACUGUGUGUUCGCUCCAUUACAUUUAGAAUCUGUUUAUAAAAACAUCAAUUCAUCUUUUGUAAAAAACGUACAGGGGAGAUGCAACAAUGAAACCAAUUAACCAAAUGAUCUUUUGUUUAAACCCUUUUUUCCCACUAAACUUGUCUCAAUCUUUAUGUCUGAUAUUAAAAUCACAGAUAACAUAUUUUGCUUUCAAGUUUAGCAUGUCUAGGGCAGGAGACUUACACUGCAGCAGAAUCUGCUGAGCUGCACCAUUUUUUUUUCUCCUUCAGUGGGUCCUGCAAAUAUAUAUAAGGUUGACGUGUGUUAUAUUUUAUUUCAUUUGGUUGUGGAAUUGUGAUUGUUUUGUGGUAAUUUGGGUUAUGUUGUAUAUAUUCAAGCCUUAUUAGUUAUUUUGCUUGAAUAAAUGGAAAUAUUAGAAUUCUUUGUAACACAUUUGCUCUUAGCUGUUGUAGCUUUUACCAGUAAUAUUUUUGCAAAAAAACUGGAAAAUCUACUUGUGUGUUUUUCGCUUUUAUUGGGUCAUUUGUUUUUUAGUAUUCAUCCAAAAUAAACAAUCCUAUAAUCUUAUCUGUUCUGCCUUUCUGUGAACUUUUUAGUUGGUUCUCGAUGAGGGAGGGAUAAACAUAACUUGAAAACAUAAUUUUUCAAAAUAUAAAGUUACUUGAGUCGUUGGUUAACAAAUAAAGACUCAAAUAGUAUUUUAAGUGACUUUCAGUCUGGGUCUAGAGCAAGGUGCAGUACUAAUACAGCAACUUGAUGAGUAUUAAACGGUUUAAUUGGCUUUGUAGGUAAAAAACCCGACUCUGGAACACUUUUUAUUGACUUAUGAAAAGCCUUUGAUAUGGACUGAAAAGACUUUGACAUCGGACUCUAGCCGAUCAAUUGAUUUAAAAACUUUGACAGGUGGAAAAAAAACCUUCCACUUGCACAUACUGACCUUUCACAAGGUUCUUCUUAUUCAUCCUCCUUCCCAAUUUUACAGUCUAUAUUAACAGUUUAGAUAAAAAAUGUUCAUGUGCUCAUUUUCAUUUUAUGCUGAUGAUACUCGUGUUGUGCUGCCAAUACCUUAAAAGUGCUUUGAGAAGCUACAAGCAGCUUUUGAUGUUAUUCAAUCCGAUUUGGAUGAUCUAAAGCUUGUUUAAAAACUCGGAAAUCUAAAGUAUCAUUUUCUAAUUGUAGGCACAAAUGUAAAUUAGUUUAUGAAGGCCAUUACUUCUCAGGGUUCUCGGAUGGAGGUCGUCUUAGUAUAAAUAUUCAGGCUUUGUCAUUGAUUCAAUGGGCUUUGUUCCCAAAAUUCAACAGCUUGGAAAGGAGCUAAAGUUGUUUUGAUUUCAAACUUAUCAUUUGAGGAAACAUCUUGUUUUUACUGGUUGCAUACGCUGGUUUCUGUAUGUUCUGGAGCAUUAUGUCCCAUCACUGGUCUGAGAGCCUUUACUCUAUACCUGUUUAAGACUGCUUUAUCCACUUAUUCCCCGAGCCCAUCUCCUGUCCUAUUGUUAAAUUUUCAUUCCGACUUUGUUUUGUGUUCCUAAAUUUCACAGUGAUCAUAAUAAAAAAAUAAAUAAAUCCUU